UUCCCAUGAGUGAUUUUUUCGCAUAUUCAAUAUUUUGAUAAAUAAUUUGAAAUAAGGAAUGAAACACGAUUUGGAAACAAUGACAGAAAAGGCGAAGCAGUUAAAAUAUUUAGCCCAAUGUGGCCUGAUACUAUUUUUAGUUUGCUGUAUACUCAGUCUGACUGAUAUCAUUUCGCCAGUGUCAAUAAAAAGAAAAUCGACAGCUGAAACAAUUUCACAGGUGCCUUUAUACAUAGAAUCAACAGUCACAAAACAUUAUUACAGUUUGAUCGAAAACAGGAAGGGUUCAAUAUGUCCUAUCUUGCAAGGUGGACUCGGAAAUAGAUUGUUUCAAUUUUCUACUGCGUUUGCUGCUGCAAGGGCUAAGAAUAUGAAUCUUAUCAUACCGUCUGAUACUGAAAUCAGCAUGGUUUUUGAAAUUAAUGAGACCUUCAAUGAAGCAAGACAAUUGUGUAAGGGGUUUCGUAAGAUUUUAGAUAAAGCAUCUCCAACUUUCCAUAAAAACUUGAUGAACUUUAGCUCACAUGAUAAUAUUCAACUUGGAUAUGGGCUUCAGUCGUGGAAAUAUUUUCAUAUGUAUGAUAAACAGCUAAAGAAGCAAUUAACAUUUAGAAAGCAUAUACAACAUGAAGCAAAACAGACAAUCGAUAAAAUACUGCAACGACGUAACAUAACGUCACGCAAGAGUGUUAAUUUGGUUGGUGUUCAUAUAAGGAGAGGCGAUAAGGUUGGUAAUGAUGAUGGGUUUAACAUCGCAACACCAGAGUAUUUAAGUAGAUCUGUUAACUAUUACACUAAAAAAUAUGAAGCUGUUUUAUUUCUAGUUAUAUCAGAUGGAAUGUCAUGGUCUAAAAAAAAUAUGCCUUCUCAUGUUCCAGUAGAAUAUAUAUCAUUAGGUAAAAGAGAACUUGAUAUGGCAACUGCAGUUGCCUGUGACCACACAAUUAUGACAAUAGGAACGUUUGGCUGGUGGAUCGGCUUCUUAACUGGUGGAGAAGUGGUAUUCGUGAAGGAUUCUGCAGCAAAGGGUUCACGAUUUGAAAGGAUACUAAAUUUUGAAGAUCAUUACUAUCCUCACUGGGUAGGACUUUAGAUAAUCUGCAUCAUGUACAAAUCUCGUUUUAAACAUCUUUAUGAAAAUUCAUUGAACUAAAACUUAAUUUAACCAUUGGCGGACACAUAUAAUCAGAUUUGAAGAUUUUGAUUAGAGGAAAAGUAAAACCUAAGUGCCGUCCAGUUAUAAACACUAUCAAAACUACUGCAGAAUGUGAUCAUUGAUUACUGUAAAUUAAGAAAUAAUUGCGAGGUUUUUAUCAUUGCGAAUAAUUCAAAUGGGUGAGUAUCGCAAUAAUAAGAACUCGCAUUCUGAUAUCUGAUACAUAUAUCUGUAUGCAGAUUUUCUUGAAAUCGCAAUAAUUAAUCUCGCAUUUGAUAAACUAUCUAACGGUUUAGGUUUAGGUUUAUACUAUGCACCAACGUAUUGUGUUAACAUAUUACAAUUGAUAGGAUACCACAUGCAUAUUGACAUUUUGCGGACUUCAUUAUAAGGGUUGUGCGCAUAACGCAAAAACUACUGUAGUGGGGUUAUAUGGAGAACAAUUCGACACUGCAUAAUGGUUUCUAUCUUGAAUUGGUUAACGAAUAUUAUGUGUCUGUGUCUCAACUCCCAAGUGACACUAGUUCGUUGUUUAUGAUAGUCAUAUCUCCCAAGUGACACUAGUUCGUUGUUUAUGAUAGUCAUAUGCUUUGAAAAUUUACCGAUUGUGUCCUAUUCCAUACUAUAACAAUUCGACAGAGUCUGGAUUCGUAAUGUGUUUGAUGCAUUCAUAGCAUAAUACGCUUGCCCGUACGGCGCAGUAGGUGUCGGUACUUUUUUAAUGCAUACUAGUUUCUUAGUUGUUCUCAUUUGAUUUGUUAAUUCAAGAUAGGUUAACGAGAUAUCAAUAUUGGUAAUCUUAUCUAACUCAUAUGAAGAUUAUAUUGUUCCUGAUGUUCGGUUCGCUACUAUACAAGUGCAAAGAAUAAGACAUCAUCGAGUCGUGAUAAAUCUCGCAGGUCCUGGAGCAAUUUCGUCCUGUAUUUCUUUUGGUACUUUUUCUGUAGAAAUAACAUUGAUUGUUUUCCGUUGUUCCUUAUAUGUGUCUCUGAUAUUUCACGGAUUACAAUGUGAUAUUAAAAUCUAAAAAUAUAUGAGUAAUGCAGGCGACAAUAGUUUACCGAUGUUCAAAUCACGAAAGUCGAUUGAAAAUAGACAAAUCAAGGUAACAAACAAACACUAAGGGAAUCGCAAAAACCUUCUGAAGGGGCGAGAUCGGAUGCGUCGACAGGUUGUGGGUCUCCUGCUAUGUAUGUAUCACCCGCUAUACGAAUCAAUACCAAGUCAUAAUGUCGCAAUCGGGAAGAGGGCACAGUCGAUAAAAUUCCAGAUCAGACGACUAUACUGGUAUCUACUGAUUUAGCACCUCGAACACAAGUCGCUUGUGAGUUGAGAAAUCGACACAACGUAUCGGUCAGCUAAUUUGUGAUGGUCAACGUAAAACUUAGUAGUGUCGAUUUCGAUCAUUCAUUUUCAUAACCCUGUUUGAGCAGUUUUUGCGUAAGAAGCACACUUCUGUUAACGAAGUCCGAAAGUUGGGAACAUGCAUAAAAGCGAAACGUAUUACCUGAGAUAUGAUAACCCAUACAAUUGAGCAGAGGAUAUUUUACUGCUGAGAAAUUGGAAGUUGACAACUGGAGAGUUGAAAAUAUCACGUUUGUCAUAGAUUCUUGCUUGAAGUCGUCCGUCCUUGUCAAUAUCGAAGAAAAGAUAAAGAUAUGAAGAAGAUAAUUUUUCUUGUGUAGCUAAAUUGAUAUCAAGUUUGCUAUGAUGUAUAAGAUGUAAGUACUCACUGAAUGUGGAUUAUUUAGUGUUGUAGCUGUUUUUAUGUAAGAAGCACACCCCUUCUCAAUCAAUAGUUCUGAUAUUUCUUUUUUUAUAUCAAUAAUUGAAAUGAUGUAGUGGUAUAAGAAAACCUUAGACUUGUUCAGCAAUGGUGGAUUUUAUUACAAACACUUACCGGCAUCAAUUAAGCGUGGUCCUAUUUGUUGGCUAUUUCAGUAUCAAAAUCAGUUGACUUGGUAACUCAACGUGGAUUGUAUUGUAAAAAUGUGUGACACAUUUGCUAUACAUUUAAUAAAAGUAUUCCGUGUUUUGGCAAUCUAAUAUUUUCUUCUUUGAUUUAAAAGUAUUAACCUUUAAAAAGUAAAAUAACAACAAUAACGAACUCCAAGGAAAAUUCAAAACGGAAAGUCCCUUAUCAAAUGGCAAAAUCAAAAGCACACACAUCAAACGAAUGAAAAACAACUGUCAUAUUCCCGACUUGGCACAGACAAUUCCUUAUAUAGAAAAUGGUGGAUUAAGUUAAUGUUUAAAUGUUAUACCAUAAUAUGUACCGUAUGCGUAUUUCUCAAUAGCUCUGGCAAAAUAUUUAAAAAAUCAAAAAAAAAAGGUACAGAAAUUAUAUAUGUCAAGAUAUAGUUUGAAAAAAUUCUCAUUUGAAGGAUGUAACAAGGAAAUUCAAAUUUCAAUUAUAAAGACUAAUUAAGUGAAUGUUUACAAGAAUCGAUUUUAAAUACAAACAAAGAGAUGGUGUUACAAAGAUAAAACACGAUGACCUGUCAAAAACAGACCUGCCUAUAGGUUUGGUAGGGAGCUGCCCUGUCUUCCGAAUCAGUUAAAAGUAGAUCUGUCAGCAUGACAAAAGACCUUGAACAGUUACUAGCGAUCAUGGCUGGUAUUGUAGUGAUAAAGAUGGCCUGCUUGUCUGCUUCAGAUAAAUAACCUUAACUUUGAAAGGGUUUUAAAUUUUUUGUACAGGUUACCUAAUACACCACAAAUUUUAGUUAAUUGAUACAGAUGGUGUAAUCUGUAUAAAUUAAUAAAAAUCGGUGUUGUCUUUUUUUAA